ACAGCUGACAUCCACUGUUUGGAUGCUACAAACGUGCACAAAGCUCAGAGGGAACGGAAGAGAACUUUUAAGGCUGCUAUCAGUGCACCUUUCUCCUGGAUUGGUUUAUUUGCUGUUGAGAGACCAGUCAACAAUGGAGGGCUUUUUGUUGUAGCCGAUUUAGGUUAUUUUUUCCUCACUUAAAGCUGGAUGUAUAUAGAUUUUUUUUUUUUCUUUUGUUACACGUGCUUGUUUCACCUCUAACGCACUCUGUAGAAUCUGUAGGGACUUUAUGGAGUGUGAAAUUUUGGCAGUAAGUGUGAAGUUUGGAGGAGCAAAGUGAGACAAAGCAUGGCUGAUGGAACCACAGCUGAGUGUUGAACCCUUCUGUCCAGGAAGGCAGCCCAGACAUGACGACAGUGUCCAUGGAGCCUGUAGCAGUCUUGGUGGAAAGGGGCCCCAAUGCCACCGAUCCCCCUCUGAGCUCGCAUGAGGACACGGCCGCCACCUUCACCAUCGGCACCAUCCUCUCCAUCAUGUGCCUCAUCGGAGUCUCAGGGAACAUCUACACCCUGGUGGUCAUGUGCCAGUCCAUGAGGACGGCAGCCUCGAUGUACAUCUACAUCAUAAACUUAGCGUUGGCAGAUCUGCUGUACCUUCUCACCAUCCCCUUUGUGGUCUGCACACAUUUCCUAAAGGGAUGGUACUUUGGGGACGCAGGGUGUCGGAUUCUGAUCAGCAUGGACUUCCUGACUAUGCAUGCCAGCAUCUUCACGCUGACAAUCAUGAGCACGGAGCGCUACUUUGCUGUCCUCAAGCCGCUCGACACGGUCAAGCGGUCGAAAAGUUACCGAAAGGCCAUCGCUCUGCUGGUCUGGGCAGCUUCUCUAAUCCUCACCCUACCGAUGAUUGUGAGCAUCCAGCUAAUGACAGUGGGCACUAAGGCUAUGUGUCAGCCCACCUUGUCACCUCUCUCCUACAAGGUUUACAUCUCCUUCCUGUUUUGCACUAGCAUUGUCGCUCCAGGACUGAUCAUCGGCUAUCUCUACAUCCAGCUCGCACGGACUUAUUGGAUUUCACAGACGGAGACCUUCAAGCAGACCAAGAAACUACCUAAUCAAAAGGUGCUGUAUCUGAUCUUCACCAUCGUGCUCCUCUUCUGGGCCUGCUUCCUGCCCUUCUGGAUCUGGCAGCUGCUGAAUCAGUUCCACCCGUCGCUGCCUCUGUCCACAAAAGCCAAACGCAACAUCAACUACCUGACCACAUGCCUGACAUACUCCAACAGCUGCAUCAACCCAUUCCUCUACACGCUGCUCACCAAGAACUACAAGGAGUACCUGAGGAAGCACAAGCGGUCGUGGACGGCCGCCAACUACUUCAACCGGCGGAGUCGUUUUCAGCGCUCACCACGCAGGUCGCCGUCUGCCAGCAGUCAGCAGUGUACUGAGAGCUUCAUGCUCACUCACACAGCCUCGUUGAGAGCUCAUAACAGCAGUUUGUGAGAUAUGACUGAGCUGAGGAAGGGGAAGAAAGCACAGGACGAACCUGUUGGAGACGCGAACAGCAGCAGACCAUCAGCUCCUCGUCACCGCGACGCUGAAAGAGGACGAGGAAGUUUCUUUUUGUAUUUUCUUUUUCAAUACGCGUGGGCACAGUAGUGCCGUAUGAGCGCCAGCAGGAACUGAAUGUGACGCUGGCUGCUGCUGCUGUUUGAGACUGUGUACAAAACAGAGACUCCUAUAUCUGUGGUGGGUCACUCGCAGAACUUUCUGUGGCAAUGGAGCGAGAGAUCAUAACGAAAAAGAGGCUCUUCAACUUUUAUGAUUUUCUGUCAAGUUCCCCUUUCUGUCCUCCUUACGUUGCAUUGGGUCGGCCUGAGUGUGAAAAUGUCUUUAAAUCUGCUCUUGGUGAUUGAGAGGAGCUCAACAGGGGAGUCAUGCUGUUGACGCACAACGAAGGAAAGGCAACAUUAUCCAUGGUUUGGUUUACAAAAAAACAAAAAAAGAAAAAAAAUGGAAACAAUACAGUUAUGACAGUCAAGCUGCAGUGAUAUGAGUGCAUGAUGGCUUCAGCUGCAGCACGUGACUGCUUUCAGAGGACACCUGAAUGUUCUGAAAUAGGAAAUAUUAGGUAGACACUUUGGGGAAUACAGCUGUUUGCUUUCUUUCUCAGAAUUAGACACAAAGGGGGGACGCUGCUCUUCUUAUCUGUAGUCUAAAUGUAAAUCUAUCUUCAGCUGAUGCUUCGCUGAGAAGUGUAAAAGGGGAAAACAGUGAAUCUGGCUGUGUCCAAAGGUAACAAAAUCUAUCUUAAAGCUCCAAAACGAACACCGUACAUCUCUUUGUUUUGACGACAUAAAAUCCAAAGUGGAAAAAUGACACUUUGUGGUUGCUGGUGGGUAGAUUCUGUUUUCUGUUUCUAAAGCCAAUCAGAAGCUGGCGAUAGCAUCAUAUUUACAGUACAGAUACAAGAACGGCAUCGAUCUUCUCAUCUCUGUGAGUAAUGACUGCAUACUCCAACAUAUUUGAAAUAAUCCUUUAAAGGCGAAGCAUUGUUCACACAGACGACAGCACUGUUUGGAUGAAAAUGAGCUUCUCUCAUUCAUUUGAUUUUGAAUGGAACGACAUUUGCAUCUCUUCAGCAAAAAGUCGCACGACAAAGACGUUUAACUCCGCCCUACUUUGACCACAGCUUAUGUCACUGAUCUGCAGGGUUUUACUUUCUGAUAAGCUUUCAAACUCAAGGAUUUCUAACUGAAACAACAACUGCAGGCUCUUGUAUUUUUUUUUUAACGCGGUGCUGUUCUCUGUCUAAACACCCAAUAAGGCUGGCAAUAUUCUGCAUUUUUUUCCCCCUCUUUCAACAAAUGCAAUGAAAAGACCAAAACCAACAAUAAAUGGAUGUGUAGCCAAAGCCAAUACAACAAUACCCAUAAUCCUCUCUACAGUGGAGCUCCAUUGAGAUCCAGAAAACUAUUAAAAAGACACCAGUGAGCCACACUGGUGCACUGGAUGCUUCUUCAUUACCAUGGGAGCUCACAGUGUAGUUUAUUUACACUCUACCCCACAUAUACCAUCCUGCUGUAAACACUCAGGAGAGCUCCAACUGUGGAUUAAUCUGCAGCUAAAAAUAGUCGCCAACAAAUGGACUCUUUCCUCCUCUGGAAGAAACGACUGUAUUGGGCUGUUUUGUGGAAAUACUUUUUAAAAAAUGAAAUUAGUCUUGAAGAAUUUUCAAAGACAGGAUGAAUAAAUGGUGUUGAGGACCACAGACAGUACGAGAACGCUGAUACUACGACGAUACAGGUUUUGGUCUUUCCAGGAAAAAAAUCGAAUUACACCAGCCUUAAAACACUACAACUCUGCUCUGAACAAUUUGUAACAAAUUGUAAAAAGACGAACUGAAGCAUACGGUUGAGAAAAAAAAAAAAAAGGAUUUCCCCCAUAUAGAUAUUGUUGCCAAUGUAUUUCUUCUGUUUACAGAUAUUUAAAUUCCUUCGCAUGUCAAUACUGCUUUUUAAUGCUACUGUGCGAUGCUAUCAAAUUCUGCAACAUCCCGACGAAGCACUGAAAAAAAGCCACAAGUGCUUUCGGUGUGUGUUCUCUCAGGUCUGCGAGGCUCCUCUGGGGCCCCUAUUGUCAUCCCAGGCCCAGUUUGAUCAUCUCACGGCUUCAAUUCUAAUAAAAGAAAGGAUACAAAGAGCGCAAGAAGAGUUGCAGGUAGGAAUAGAGCUGUUACAUCUCUAUUGAUUUAACUCCCAGUACAGCAGGAGACAAGCUGCACAACAUCGCCUGGCUGAUGCAUAUUUAACCAAUCAAACCUCUGAAGAAAUCUUGUUCUUGGAUUUGGGAGGUUUUGUGUGCAGGAGCUUGAAAAGAGAGAAAUUUACUCAGAUAUCACAGUGGGACCGGAAGAUGUUCAAUAGCCUUUUGUAGAUGUAGCCUGCUGGCUUUUUGCACACAUGUACACUGUAUAUAGACACAUGAGAAAUCAACACUGGCUAUGCUGUGGAGUAAAGCCAGAUUUCACACCCUGGAAUUGAGUCCACAACGUCAUAAAUAAACCUAUUUACUGGAGGCAGAUGGAGUUGCUUGCAAGCCAAAAAAGCAUGACAAGGUUUGGUUGCUUUCCGUGCUCUUUGAACAGUAGGUUACUUGGAAUACAAGAAGAGGAAGUGUUAAUCUGAACACUGUGUAAUAGUAUAGGCUCCAUUCCUGCAUUUUAAUACCUGAGCUAGAGUGAGUGUUAAGAUUUGGUUUCAUUUUUUUUGCCUGCAUUGUCACAUAUAGGAAGGAAAAUGAGAGUUUCUGCAAUGUUUAAGGUCCACAUUAAUAUUCAUUACAAGGCUCGGAGACUGUUUUUAAUAACUGUUUUGGAUUGUAAUCAUAAACUAAUCAAAACUUCUAAAUUGCUCACUGCAUAGUUUCAUUUAAGAGACGCAAAGCCGAGCUCAGUGGACUGUGGAAAAAACCUCUGCAAUACUCGAUACUGCCAUAAGUAUGAAAUGCAUAUAUUUGUAUUAAUUCAACUUCUGUUAGAUCUGAGUCAGUGUCUACUUGAAUAUAAAUCCAUCAGCUACAACAUUGAAAUCUAAUAUUGUGUAGGUCCUGGCUAUCAAAUUGAGAUCUGAGAAAACACCUUAAACUGUUUGCGGUGUUCUUCACACGACUCCCGAAGAACUUUUGUGGUGUGACAGGGAGUGUUAUCCUGCUGAGAGAGCGAGGCCACUGCCUUCAGGGAAUAUUGCUGCCAUGACGGUGUGUGCCUGGUAGGUGGUACAUGUCAAAGUAGCAUCUACAUUAAUGCCUCAACUCAAGGUCGCUGAGCAGAACAUUGGCAAAGAUCACAUUGACUCUGCAGGUUCACCUUCUACCCACAGAGCAUCAAGCUGCUGUCUCUUCUACAGGUAAACAGCAUGCUCAACUCACGGCCAACAACAUGAUAUAAAAGAAAACUUGAUUCGUCAGAACAGGCCCCCUUCUUACAUGGCUCCAUGGUCCAGCUCUGACACUCGCUUGGCACUUGUAGGUGGGAUCAACACAGACACUAUGACCAGUCUGUAGCCCAAAAUACACCAAGUUGUGAUGUACUGUGUGUUCUGACUACUGACUAUGGUAGCUAAAUUUUAGAUUCUCAGUAGUUUCCGCUACAGUAUCUCUUCUGUGGGAUCAGAACACAUGGGUUUAGCUUUCUCUUCUAUGUACACCAAUGAGCUUUGGGCGACCUUGUCAUUGGUUCAUCUUUUGUACUUCGUUAGACCACUUUUAGUUGACUAACCACACUCCAGAACAGUAGGAACACAACACCUGCUGACCCAGUAGUCUAGCCAUCACCAUUUGACUCUUAUCAAUAUUGCCCAGAUCCUUGCACGUCUUCAUUUUUACUGCUUUCAGAACAUCAACUUCAAGAACUGACUGUUAACUUUCACUUCACAAAUCAGAGGUUUCAAUGUUGUGGCUGAUCGACACGUAUUAAAUUAAGGACCAACCCACACGUCAAAAUUUGCUGACUUGUUGCUGGCAGAACUGCUCAGCCUGUUGUGUAAUGUUCUGUUGUCGGGAGCUUUCCUCAUGUUUUCAUCACGACUUUCUCCGCUUGAGCUUUGACACUUCAGAUUCUUCCGGGAUUACAAACAGGAGGCAUAAAGUUUAAAAGACUUUACCAGGGAAGGACAAACACAUGGGAAUUGAAGGAUCCAACAUUCUUUGGCUCUCAACCUCAAUUUGGCCUCUUUGCAGAUUUUUUUAUUUCUAAAUAUCCAACUGCUAUGAGUUUUCCAGCUUCACAGAAGUACAAAAUGCUAUUGUAGUAAUCCUUUACUUAUCAGAUGUGAUUGAAUCAUCUAGUUCAAUGUAGCAGAAAACAAUUCAAUAAGGGACCAAAAUGAUGUAUUUAAUUAUUCUUAGCCAAUUAUCUCAGGAAGGUUUAAGUGAAGCAACCUUAGAGAUCUAACUCAGUCUGUAAAAUAGCUUGUAACUGCAAAGACUGCACCAGAAAGCUGCCACACUACACUCCUAUAAUCCUUUCUGUCAGUACAGGCUUUAGCAAAAAACCACAAGGGCUGAGAGAAAACAUACCAGAGCAUUUAACACCAGGCUUCUGUAACAAAUUUCUACUGGCUGAUACUGAACAACACGAUCAUCCUAUUAGUUCUGAUGAAAGCUUGUGUAAAAUUCUGUCGAUGUAUGGAUUCAUAGCAAAAAUGUAGGAGUGUAGCUGCAAGAUUUUCAAGUUACGCAACCAGAGACUCAUUUUCUUCAACUCUGUAGUCAGACAAAGUGAGAGGCAAAUUUUGUUAUUGGGUACAAAUUCAACAGAAAGACACAACUAGAUGCAAAUUCACCUGGAGUGGGACAAACUGACCCAAAGACAUGUUUGCACGAGUUACAAAUGUCGAAAUGUGAGCAAAAAAGUAAAUAAAAAUCACUUGAAUCUUUUGUCCAUCUACUUCAUAAAUGUAUAGGUCAGACUAAUGAUGAGGGAGCAACACAUGCAUUUGUUUCUAGCUGGCUUCCAGCUAAAGUCUGUCAGGACCUUGACUGUUGUGAGGCAAAUAAACACAGACCAGUGCUAAGAUUUGUGCUUUUUCUUUCUGCUUUCUGUCUGCAUACACCAUAAUAUGGGAUGACUGAUGAUAGCGGUGAGUCUCAACCACACUAUGUGGGUUAGGAGCCAAAAACAAUGCGUUAAAAGUAGGUAAACAUUGCAUAAAGCUGUAGAGUUGGCUGUUGAUUCUCAGUGGGUUGAGUAUUAUAUUAUAGACCCAUUGCUAUUACAGUUUUCAUACUUCCUCAUAAAUGUCAUUUGUGGUUAAAUGGACUCCUGUAAAUUCAAUCCCACUCAACCCUAAAAAAAAAGAAAGAAAUGCCCUUAAAAGUGUUUCGGGGCAACCUGAUAGCUGAGUGGUUAGAUUGCAUCCCACAUGGGCACGAAUGCCUGAGCAGCAAGUUUCCUAGUUUGAAACCUGGGCCAUUUACUGCAUGUCAUAUCCCUGCUUUCGCUUCCUCUUCCCCGUCUCUAUCCACUGGCCCUAUUAACAAAGGCCCAAAGCAAAUGUGUUAAAAAGAAAAGUGUUAAAACCAGGUUACUUCAAGCGUGUAGCCUGGUCACUUGAGCCUGCUUGUACGGUUGAUGUAUCUCUCCGAGUUCAGCUUGGAAAUACAUAAAUCACAGGGUUAAGAAGAGACUUUUCUGUGCAUGUUGAUGUAGCCACUUGGGACAUUCAUCUUGUAAGAGGUUGUAUGUGCAGGCGACCGUUCUUUAGUACAAUGUGUAAAUCUCCACCUGCUUAAUUAGGUUGCGUUAUGCUAUAAAACAAUGGAUCAGAAACGCAGUCCAGUCAGGGGUUUGUGUGCCCUUGGCUGAUGUUGUAUUUAUAUUGAAUUGCAUUCUCCCUGCGGGUGGCGUAAACACCUGGAGCUACAUCACAGUGCAAAACUGAUGCUGUUCUUCUGUUAUCUUCUGUCAACUGAAGACAAUGAGUGAUGUAAAUUAUGUGCACUCUUAUUAAAGAAACAGUUUGACCUCUC